GAGUUGUGACUUGUGAGAUGAGAGAGGAGUCGAGCGCUGGAUGAAAUAAUCAGCCUAACUCAGAUCGAUCCCAGCUUAAAGAACAAAUGACUGAAGAAACUCUACGGGAAUUGAAGUGUAAGCGGUGAGUUGAUUGCAAAGUAAAAUCUUAGAAAGGGCUUCUGCUAAAAUCUGGCGUUGCUGAGAAUUUGAGGUAUUUAUACACAGUAGGAAGGGGGAAUAAGGCCUAAGUAUACGGCACUAACUAACGGAAUACACAAGAUUAGGUAGUGGAAACUCACACCUCAGUUAUAAUAUUUCAUCAUUGAAGUACUCAAACUGCAUACAGUCUAUCUCAACAAAUCAACAUAUCAAUGGCAUCUUCAUCUUCAUCUCCUUCUGCUAUGGCCUUUUCUUCUCAGUUGUGGAAGUACCAUGUUUUUCUUAGUUUUAGAGGAGAAGAUACUCGUAAGACUUUUGUUGAUCAUCUCUACACGGCUCUUGUACAACAGGGGAUCUACACUUACAAGGACGAUGAAACAUUUCCUCGGGGAGAAUCAAUUGCCCCAUCCCUUGAGAAGGCCAUUGAAGAAUCACAAAUUGCUGUCAUCAUAUUCUCUAAAAACUAUGCUGAUUCUUCAUGGUGCUUAGAUGAACUUGUACAUAUCAUGAAAUGCAAGGAUAUGAGAGACCAAAUCGUUAUUUCCAUAUUCUAUGAUGUGGAUCCCUCUGAAGUGCGGAAACAAAAACGAAAAUAUGGAGAAGCAUUUGCUAAACAUGAGUUGGAAAACAAGACCAAGGUUGAAUCUUGGAGAAAAGCACUUGUGGAUGCAAGUAACCUUUCUGGAUGGGAACCCCAACACAUUGCCAACGGGCAUGAGUCAAAGUGCAUUAAAGAAAUUGUUGACAUAAUUUCUCAUAGGUUGCGUCCAAUAACUUCAAGUGUGGAUGACAACCUGAUUGGAGUAGAGUCUCGCAUGCAAGAUUUUAUAUCAAAGUUACAAAUUGGGUUUGGUGGUAAGAGAAUGAUUGGAAUAUGGGGAGUUGGGGUGGUGGCAAGACUACUCUUGCCUCUUCUAUCUAUGAUGAAAUUUCUAGUAAGUUCGAUGGUUGUUGCUUUCUAA